GAAAAUCGAAGAGACCCCAUCGGCCGCAGACUACCGUGAGAGUCGUCGAUCACCAUUACCGCGGCCAUUGUCUUCGCAAAACAUCACCGGUCGCCGCUAGCCACCGCCGGUCGCCACUACCGCGGGAGGAAGCCGGCCGUCACCCGCCUCCUCCAGCCGCUGGUUGUCUUCGCCGCAGCAACGGCUCCGCCCACCUCGGCUUCCGUCGAUCCGCAGCUUAGACGCCGUCCAACAUACCACAUCGCCGCCGUGCACCGAUCGUUGCCGCCGUGACGUUUUGGGACGCCGAUCGUCAUCUCCGAUCGUAGAUCGCACAAAGCCGCCGUUGAGCAGAACAGGCCACAAUUUGUGUGAAAAGAUGCAUGGAAGACCACGAAGAGCUCCAAGCCAAGAAGAGCAAGAAGCUUCAGCGAUCAAAGCCGCCAAGCUUCGAUCUCUUCAAACUCAGUUCAUCCACUUUCAUCACAAUAAAAUUUAUGAUAAGGAAGCGCUAGAACUUAGCGCGAAGCUACUCGAGGCCAAUCCGGAGCACUACACUGCUUGGAAUUACCGGAAGCUGGCUGUAGAUCACCGACUUAAUCAAUCUGAGACUGAGAAUAAUGCCGAGUCUAUCAAAGCAAUUCUCGGUGAAGAACUCAAACUAGUGGUGAAUGCAUUGAAGAGCAAUUAUAAGUCUUAUGGAGCAUGGUAUCAUCGUAAGUGGGUUCUAAGCAAAGGGCAUUCUUCAACAGAUCAGGAAUUACGGCUUCUGGCCAAGUUCCAGAAGGCAGAUUCUCGGAAUUUCCAUGCUUGGAAUCAUAGGAGGUUUAUAACGGCAUUGAAGAACAUUCCAGAUGAGGAGGAACUACAAUAUACAACGGACAUGAUAUAUGAUAAUUUUAGCAAUUAUUCUGCUUGGCACAACAGAAGUGCUCUUCUGAUUCGCUUGCUAAAGGAGAAUGUAAAAGAAUAUUCUCCUAAGGAGAAUGUUUUGACAGAAGAGCUUGAGUUCGUCCGCCAUGCUCUUUUUACAGAUCCAGAUGAUCAAAGUGGUUGGUUUUAUCAUCUAUGGCUUCUUGAUCAGACAGUGAAGUUAACAACUUUGUUGGUUUCUUCAUGGCCACCUCAUGGCUCUAGUCUUCAUUUGACAAGAGAUGGUUUGCUGGAUAAUUUUAUUUUGUCACCUUUAGCCGGUUCCAAGUCUAAUGCUAGAACACUUCCCCUCGUUCUCUACUUCAGUGAGGCUGUUAAAAAUAUAAACCCAUCGACAGUCAAGGUUGAAUGUGAAUGUAAUCUGAAUACAGAUCUUGUUUGGAGACCACUGUCAGGAAAUGAUAUUGAGUGUGCCCAAGCCUGGUUGACAUACCUGAAGUUCCCAGAUAGGGUCCAAUCUUUAGAGUCUUAUCAUGUAAAGGUCAACAUUUCCCAUUCCCAAGGCAUCGUCUCUCUAAGUGGCUCUGUUUACUGUGGUGCUGUUGCUCAACUAAUGUUUACAGUGCAUGUACCACCUUACAAUUCAGAACAUAUAGAAAUGGAAAAUGAAAAGAGAAUUUCUUGGAAAGAGGAAAACUUUUGCACAUAUGAAACUGUUUCUCCAGAGUCAAUUUUAGUUAACUCAUCCUAUCAAAUGAGAAUGCCUAUAGAUGACAAAGCAAGGAAUUUGGAUUGGAAUAUUCAGACACUCGACAAUGAGAUAGCUCACUGCAGGGAGUUAUUGUUAUCAGUGAACUGUAAAAUUGGAAAGUUGACACUUGCAAGAUUGUUGAUGGCACGUGAGCAAUUGAUGUCAUAUAAUGACUCAAAUGCUGGCAACCACUAUGGAGAAGUUCUUCAGUUUUACAAUGAUUUAAUGGAAUUGGAUCCACCACACAUUCAGUACUAUAAGGAUGAAUACAGCUCUGUCUUACUAAGACAGUUAUUCUCCAAUCAAGAGUCUUUGCUGGAACGCUGCCAUCAAUAUCGAGAACCAUCUUCUUCAAUCAUUUAUAAUUAUUCAUGUCUGCGGCUAAAUAACCUCUCACUUUCUCGAGUUGGGUGUGUUGAAAAACUUUUGUGGGUCCAGAUCCUAGAUCUUAGCUGCAACCAACUUCGGUCAAUUGAAGGCAUGGAGGCAAUGCAGUUACUCUCUUGUUUAAACCUAAGCAAGAACUUACUUUGCAGUUUCACUGCUUUGGAUCCUCUAAGGCAGCUAAGAUCGCUAAAAGUAUUGGACAUCUCAUCCAAUGAGAUCGGUGCACACUCAAUUGACACAAGAAGGUACCUGUGUUCUUCUCCGCUGUGCCACAGUAGUGGAAGUGCUUGGAACAUCGAGCAAUUUUCAACAGAUGCUGUCAAUGCGAUUGAUUACUGGGAAGCAUUCUUAGUCUUUAAGCAUCUGAAUUUGAUACAACUAGAUAUUGCGGGAAAUGCUGUUUCUGAUGAAAAGUUAAAGUUGUUGCUGUCUGAGCUAAUGCCAUCGCUCAAAUGGCUUGAUGGUCAAAAGCUCCAAUAAGUUUAAAGUGCCCUUCUUAUUUUGUCGUGUACUUUAUGUAACAGUGACUACAGAUGAACCGAGAGAGUGAAGACGACCCAGAAUCGCCACGACAUAACAGAAAGCAUUGGUUGCAGGGGUGCAAUGUAAUUUGGGAACGAAGAAGUUGAGAAACUUAACAGCCGAGGUAACAAAGGCAUCCCGAAGUUGAUUUCUCACUAUUUGCUCUAUCUUCCGUGGAUGGCCUGGUACGCAUAACCUCACUGUGAAAUAUGCAAGCAUUCCCAAGAAUGCGUAUGAGUACACCUUUUGCAUGUUGCUCUUCAUCUUUCUCUCUGGGAAAUGCAUUUUUGACUCCAUUUUUUGCCCUUCUUGGGAGUAGCGAUGAUCGCAAGAGUUGAAGACGAGCCAGAACAGAAACCGAGGGUCGCAGCAGGUGACGAAGGCAUCAGGGAAACAUAAGCCAACUCUGAAACAUGCGAUCAUCGCUACUCCCAACAACGACGCCGCAUACGGGAGCUUCAUGUCUGUCUUCCUCCCUGUCAUAUGUUUGUGCCCUAACAGAUACAACUGUUUUGUUCUCUACACUCUACUUUUCUGCCUUUCUUGUUUCAAUGUAUACUCAUCUCUUUCUGUU